AUGAAGGGCGAGAUUCUUCACCUUCACCUGGGCCAGGCUGGCACCCAGCUUGGCAACUCUGCCUGGGAGCUCUACCUGCUCGAGCAUGGCCUCGGCCCCGAUGGCCGCCCCGACCCCAACGCCAAGGAUGUCGGCGACCCGGGCUCUUUCGAGACGUUCUUCACCGAGACGAGCGGCGGCAAGCAUGUUCCCCGUUCCAUUUUCAUGGACCUCGACCCGUCUCCCAUCGACGAGAUCCGUACCGGGGCCUACCGCCAGCUCUUCCACCCCGAGCUCCUCAUCAGCGGCAAGGAGGAUGCGGCCAACAACUAUGCCCGAGGUCACUACACCAUCGGCAAGGAGAUGGUCGAUGACGUUAUGGACCGUGUUCGUCGCGUUGCCGACAACUGCCAGUCGCUGCAGGGCUUCCUCAUCUUCCACUCCUUCGGCGGUGGCACCGGCUCUGGCUUUGGUGCUCUGAUGCUUGAGCGCCUGGCUACCGAGUACGGCAAGAAGACGAAGCUCGAGUUCGCUGUUUACCCGUCUCCCCGCACCAACACGGCCGUUGUGGAGCCCUACAACGCUGUCCUGUCGACGCACAGCACCAUUGAGAACUCGGACUGCACUUUCCUUGUCGACAACGAGGCCGUCUACGACAUCUGCCGCCGCAACCUUGACAUCCCCCGGCCCUCGUACGACCACCUCAACCGUCUGAUUGCCCAGGUCGUCAGCUCCAUCACCUCGUCUCUUCGCUUCGACGGCGCCCUCAACGUCGACCUGAACGAGUUCCAGACCAACCUGGUCCCCUACCCCCGCAUCCACUACCCGCUCAUCAGCUACGCGCCCGUGGUCUCUGCUGCCAAGAGUGCGCACGAGGGCUUCAAGGUCCACGACCUCACCUUCCAGUGCUUCGAGCCCAACAACCAGAUGGUGGUUUGCGACCCGCGCAACGGAAAGUACAUGGCUGUUGCUCUGCUGUACCGUGGCGACGUCGUCCCCCGCGACUGCACUGCUGCCAUCGCCGCCGUCAAGGCCAAGGCCUCGUUCAACCUCGUCGAGUGGUGCCCCACCGGUUUCAAGCUCGGUAUCAACUACCAGAAGCCCAUGGCCGUUCCCGCUUCCGCCGAGGAUGGCGGCCUCGCCUCCGUCGACCGAUCCGUCUCCAUGCUUUCCAACACCACUGCCAUCGCCGAGGCCUGGUCCCGACUCGACCACAAGUUCGACCUCAUGCACAGCAAGCGCGCCUUUGUGCACUGGUACGUCGGCGAGGGCAUGGAGGAGGGCGAGUUCACCGAGGCCCGUGAGGAUCUUGCUGCCCUCGAGAAGGACUACGAGGAGGUCGCCGCCGACUCUUUCGAGCCCGAGGAGGAGGCUGAGUACUAG